AUGCAUUCGUGGUUCACCUGGUUAUUGCGAUCCGGAGCACGUCGGUGGGACGUUUACCCACCAGUCUGUGGACCACCCGAUGAGGACGAUUUGAUAGCCAGUGAGGAGCACGAAUCACUUCUUGGCUUUGGCCCCUGCUUCCUGGGCACCGGCGUUGCCACAUCCAUGAAUGGUUGUUAUUCGGUUCAGGAGCCUGGAAUCAGUGGUUUAACUUCCAUGCCUGUUUGUUCAACCAACUGCGGAGCAAAUGUGUCUGGUAUGCUUGGAACAGCCGCAACCGUCAGCUCUGCCAGCGUUGGUGAAGCUGACCUGCAUGGCCUGCCCACGGGACUGGCGGGAUUGGAGCAAGAUAUACUCGAUGGGUCUCUUGGAUCGGCUGGUGAAGGUAUCGGCCCUAUUUGUACUUCACCAUUGGAAGACUCUCGCCACUACCACUACAUUCAUCAUCAUUCCAAGCAUCAGCAGAUUAUGGCGUUGCCGCAGCCGUUUACUUGUGUUGGUAGCGGACCCAUUGCAGUAGGCGCCAGUCUUUCCUGGACAGAUGGCUCGAUUGGUCAGGAAACUGCGCUGUGA